AUGAGGAUCACCGAGGUAAAAAGCACCACACGCGAACAACGCAUCGCGCCUCAUACACACAUUAAGGGACUUGGCUUAAAUGAGGAAGGUAAAGCCUAUCAGCUAGGCGACGGGUUUGUAGGUCAAAAUUCAGCGAGAGAGGCAUGCGGAAUCAUUGUUGAUUUAAUAAAAUCGAAGAAAAUGGCAGGCCGAGCAUUACUUUUGGCUGGUGCACCUGGUACGGGUAAAACCGCUAUCGCUCUUGCCAUAUCACAAGAACUAGGUCCAAAAGUACCUUUUUGUCCGAUGGUAGGCAGCGAGGUAUACUCCUCAGAAGUUAAAAAAACUGAAGUUUUAAUGGAAAAUUUUCGGAGAGCCAUAGGUUUAAAGAUCAAAGAGACCAAAGAAGUUUAUGAAGGAGAAGUGACUGAGCUUACACCUGAAGAAAUAGAAAAUCCUUUAGGUGGAUACGGAAAAACUUUAUCACACGUGAUCAUUGGGCUUAAAACUGUUAAAGGAACGAAACAAUUAAAGUUAGAUCCGAGUAUCUACGAGAGUAUCCAAAAAGAAAGGGUUACGGUCGGUGAUGUUAUAUACAUAGAGGCUAAUACGGGAGCUGUGAAGCGAGUCGGACGUUCUGACGCCUAUGCUACCGAAUUUGAUUUAGAAGCGGAAGAAUACGUUCCGCUUCCGAAAGGGGAUGUUCAUAAGAAAAAAGAAGUAGUUCAAGAUGUAACAUUGAAUGACUUGGAUAUAGCGAAUGCACGACCACAGGGUGGACAAGAUAUUAUGUCUAUGAUGGGUCAAUUAUUGAAACCAAAGAAGACUGAAAUUACAGAUAAGUUGAGAAAGGAGAUUAAUAAAGUAGUCAAUAAGUAUAUAGAUCAGGGUAUUGCCGAAUUAGUUCCGGGCGUUUUAUUCAUUGAUGAGGUGCACUUGUUAGAUAUCGAAUGUUUUACUUAUCUUAAUAAGGCAUUGGAGUCUUCUAUAUCACCAAUAGUAAUUUUUGCCACGAACAGAGGGAUGUGUCAAGUAAGAGGAACAGAAGAUAUUAUUGCUCCUCAUGGAAUACCUGUUGACCUGCUUGAUAGAAUUUUAAUUAUUCGUACACUACCUUACACUUUGGGAGAUAUUAAAUCGAUAGUUCAAAUACGAGCAAAAACGGAAGGACUAACGUUAUCAGAAAGUGCUUUAAAUCACUUGGCCGAAUCGGGUGUUAAAACCUCAUUGAGAUAUGUCAUUCAAUUGCUUACGCCUGCGAGUAUUCUUGCUCGAAUCAAUGGUCGCGAAAAUAUUGAAUUGGAAGAUAUUAAAGAAGUCGACGAUCUAUUUUAUGAUGCCAAGUCUUCUGCUAAAGUCCUUGCUGAGUAUCAAACACGAUAUGUUUCUUGA